UUCAUCUUAGAACCCGCUAUAUAAACGUGCCACUGUUAAGUGAAAUCAUUUCAACAGCGUUCAUGCAAUAUUAAUAUUGUACAUUUCGCUUUACUUAAUAGACAUUCCUUGACCACUACGUCUGGUCAACACAGCUACAUCCACUACAGGUGUGACAUCCGCUGUCUCCGUAGUUGGGUAUGUUUGACAACGGAACAGCAAUGUUAGCGCGUACGGCUCUACUGGACCAAUGGAAUAUCGACUUAAGGACGACUCUCAUGCCAAUAAUCAUUUUACUGCUGAUAUACUUACUGAUCGGGACGUGUGGAAAUACCAUUGUGAUAUACAUUUACAAAUUCAGAUUUCGGGAGUACAAUGAAGACCGAUACUUCAUUCCAGUACUGGCAAUGGUGGACUUGUUCGCGAGCGUAGUGUGCCCGACAGGAGAAAUCAUUUCAUAUUUCAACCCAGUGAAAUACACAAACUGCGUCGUAUGUAAGUUUUUCCAAACCAUGGAACAUUUUGCUAGCGGUUAUUCGGCCAUUUUAUUGACGGUGGUGGCGAUCAAUCGUUACCGGGCGAUUUGUCGCCCUCUUAAGCCCCGAUUCACCAUUAGAACGAGACGAGCGAUGCUGCUUGGUACGUUUGUGUUCGUGGCAUGUUUGGUGAUUCCCAGUGUGGUAACUAACGGCAUUAAGAUGGUAGAUCACACAGCAUUGAAUGUGACUGGGUCUCGCUGCACCACAAUUACAGUUCGAGGAUCCAGUACCUUUCCCUUGGCGUAUAACAUACUUUUAAUGACUGCCUGCGUCAGUAACCUUGUGGUUCUGUGUGUGCUGUAUACUCUCGUUAUCAGGGCCCUCUUCCAACAAGCACGUAACAGAACCAGCCAGAUGUUGGCUAGUGUAACUGUCAUAUCGUCCUCGUCAGCUUGUCAAAGAAAUGAAAGUCGACAAAAUCACCGGAAUUCUAUAACAUCAAGUGGUCAGAUGUCUUUGGACACCCUGAAACUUGCUGCCAAUCGACUGACAGUGAUGUUUUGUAUAGUCACAAGCGUGUAUGUGAUCUGUUUCAUACCAACUCUCAUAGUAAUGGUGCUGAUCUCUCUCGACAACAGCUGGCUAACUAAAAGUCAGUCACAAAUCGCAGGGUUACGGUUCGUGCGAAAUAUGUUCAUGAUUAAUAAUAUUGUAAAUCCUAUUAUAUACGGAAUCUUUGAUAAAAAAAUUCGUGACGAAAUUAUAAAGAUCGUCAAAGGGAGGAUAAAGUGUCACUUUAACCAAAACACGUGAUUUCUGCCAUAUUAUACUCGAACGUGUGGAUAAAGACGGGGUCGAUACUAGACACUUAUAGCUGUAUUAUAUGCGAAUGCGAACGCUUACCUUGUAUUUAAGUUUUGGUUUGAUUUGUUAGUGAUUUACGU